AAUCUCUUGCUCUCUCAAAUCGCUCACGGCAACGAAACAGAGUUCUAUUUUCCCGUCUUCGUUCAAUUUUCUGGGAAAAUGUCUGCGGGCCUAGGAAAAUGCAGCAAAAUACGGCACAUUGUACGGCUCCGCCAAAUGCUAAAGCGAUGGCGUAACAAAGCCAGGAUGUCUUCGUCGACCCAUCGAAUCCCAUCUGACGUACCGGCAGGACACGUGGCGGUGUGCGUGGGGACUAACUGCAGGAGAUUUGUGGUGCGGGCGACGUACCUGAACCACCCCGUCUUCAAGAAGCUACUUGUCCAAGCGGAAGAGGAAUUCGGGUUCACUAACCACGGCCCGUUACUGAUACCGUGCGACGAGUCGGUGUUUGAGGAAGUGCUCCGGUAUGUAUCCAGAUCCGAGUCUGGAAAGUCGACCCGAUUUAUGAAUUUGGAGGAUUUUCAUAAAUACUGCCACGUGGGGUUGAGGAGCACGAAGCUUGGUUUCUGGCCUGAAUCUCGACCGUUGCUUAGCGGCUUAGCGGAGAAGACAAUCUGGUAAGGGAAAGGACCCCAGUCCCACCACCUGAUUUGACCCGGGAUUGACUCAGUACAAGUUUGGUGAAGGAGGCUUAACUGGCAAUGCAAGCGAGAUGGCCGAGUUUCAGACCGAAUUAUUAGAAACUGGGUUUUCAGAUUACAAUAUUAAAUUACUCUUUUUUUCUCAUUUUUUUUUAAAAAAGGUGAAUAUUUGAUGAUUGGUGGGAAUAGUAUAUACGGAGCUCCGGAGAAUGCAAGGAGAUGGCAACAAUGGUGGGUCAGUUAUCCACCGCACCGAGUCGUCCCGGGUUCGAAUCGGAGCGGAAGACGAAGACCAACAUUCAGAGAUGACUGACUAUUCGUGUCAGCUUUUGUAAAUUAAUUUUUUUUUGUGAUUUUUUUUUUGAGUUGGAAAUUGAAAUUGUAGAGAAAUUCCAGCAAUAAUAAAUAUUAUUAUUAUUAUU